AUGGUUUCCUUCAAGAACUUCCUCAUCGCCACUCUCGUCUCCAGCGUCAUUGCGACACCCAUCCAAAGCCCCGAUUCUACCGACAACGAUCUUGAAAUCGUCAAAAAAGUCCCUGUAAUUGAGUCCCGGGACAAAGAUUACUAUCGUGCCCCUUCAACUACCAAUGGUGGCGUGGGGAACGGGUACAACAACGGGUACAGCACCAGUGGCGGCGGCGAUUGCAAUUACUCUGAGAAGCAAAGGCUUGAUCAGGAGAUCCAAAACAGGUACCAAGAAAAGGACCGCCUUGAUAGUGAAAUCAAGAAACGUGAAGCUAUGAAAGAUCAGCUUGACCAGCAAAUUCGUCAGAAGCAGGGAGAGUGCCACUAA